GCAACGCCGGAUCCUCCACCCACUGAGCGAGGCCAGGAUCCAACCCGCCAUCUCAUGGUUCCUAGUCGGAUUCGUUUCCCCUGCGCCACAACGGGAACUCCAAAACCAUCUGUCCUGUUAAUUGCUCCAGUGUCCUAAGUCAUUUCACCUCCUCGCAAUCAAAGGAGAUGCCCAAAGUACUCUUCUUUCAGUUAGAAAGCAGCCUCUAAGCAUUCCCUUCAAUUUCUCAGCCAGCUAUGGAACUUCAAAGCCUCCUUCAGGCAGGCUCCUCGAAAAAUUGAGCCAUUAGACAAUGCAAAGAUUGUGAUCUCCAUCCAAAUACUAUCUUCCAAGUUACUACAUGUCUAGGAAAAGUUGAGGGGCAGCUGUAACACAAUCGUUCCAUUACAAGCAUAAAAAUUCUUAAGCAAAACCUCAGGAAGAGAGAAUAACCAGGAGUUACAUUUGAUACACUGGAUCUUGAAUUCUAACACCUAGAUUUUAAGGUCAUUUAAGCAGGGCUAUAUCUUCUAUUUCUUUUAGUGUUCCGGUUGUCUACUCUUUCCUACCCUCCCUCCCCCCUUCACCCUCUCCCAUCACAGCAUACAGAAUGCCUAGUUCUCCGCAUAGAGUAAGCACUCUUUAAAUGUUUGAGUCAAUGGCAAUGUCAUAGUGGGUCUAUUGUGACAUCACCAGGACUGGAACAGCAUGGCUAGUAUCAGGGUACACCACAAUCUCUGGGAGCAGGGAAGACCUCUUCUAGCUUCCUUGUGGACACCUUUAUUAGCAUUUGCCUAUAUUCUAUGAAAAAAGAAAAUCACUCGGCUUUCCAAAACAUUUACCAAAAUGCCAACUGAGAUAGACGGCAAACAUGAAGCGGAAAAAGAAGCUUUGGAUUUCAACAUAAUGUACAGAAGUGUCCUUGAUAGUUCAGAGAUCCCUAAGCUUGAGAUCCCAUUCACAGUACAGGAUAUCAUCAGUAGAAUUGAGGAAGCACAGCACUAUCGAGCCAGAGAGGACCUUAAUAUGCAGCUGAAUGACAUAAUGGUUAAUGUGCAACGGAUAAUAAAUCGAUAUAGUAUUGAUGAGCAUGUGCACUCUGGAAGGAAAAUAUCCCUUUCAGAACAUAAGAAAAGGAGAACAAGUUUGCUGGAGAAAAUAGUUAAUUGUGCUAAGGCUGCUGAAAUUAAAGAAAAGACUCUUGCCUUCCUCCUGGCCUGGUUGGAAGAAUGGAAUGUCAUUUUGUCUGCGAUGACUGCAAUUGACAUCGAUGAACACCACCACUGGAUAGCACAAAUGGAGAUGUUACCGGAAACAUUCAAAACCAUCGAGAGCAAUGUCAAGCUACUGACUAAAAUUAGAGCAUCUUUGCUUGAAGAAAAGAAGAAACAAAAGAAAAAAUCAGCGUCUAGAGGUUCUCUGUGGAAAUCUUGGAAAGAAAGAGUUAUAAAGCGACCUGCAACAGCUCAUGCUUUAAGACCAGAUCAGAUGAUUAGUGAUGAAUUUGCAACAAACAGAAAGAUUUCAGAAAUCCAAGAUAUGCUGCAGGAACUCAUAGGUACUGCAAUGUUCAAUAAAUUGGAAAACAAUGCUAUUAAAUAUAUAUCAUCAACAAUAGCAAACCUUUCUAAAGCUUUAAGUACACUAAAUGAUGAAGUGAAAAUUAUUAGCCUCCAAGGUACCAAUAUGUAUAUAAAUGAGACAGAUGAAAAAGGAAUUUCUCUGAAGAUAAUACAAGAUCUCAGUGAAAAAAAUGAAAUGCUUCAGCAGAAACUUCAAAAAGCAGAAGAAAACUAUGAACAACUUCUUCGAUCCAGAGGUGCAGAACUCAAAGCAUUACCCACAUCAGCACUGAAAGUGUUACCUGAACCUUCUCGAGAGUCAUCCACGGCCACUAGCCAAGGUGGCAUAGAAGACAGUAUAGACAAUAUUUUGGCCAAUGAAUUUGCAAACAUUGUAGAUAAGUCCCAAAGAAAAGGGACCACACCUCUGGGGAGAAGGCGGAACUCAGCUAUUUCACAUGCAGCCCCAGUGGAAAUGUUUCCUGAUUUAACUGAGCAGCAGCACCCUUUACCUGAAAAAAAACAGAAAAAGUCUUCUAAAGAUAUCCCUGAAGAUAAGGUAUCAGUGGAGAAAGGUGCUGCCAUUCAGGAAGAUGUGCCUGAUCAGCAUCAGUCACAGAAACAAAAGCACACAAAAGGCCCAUAUGUGAAGGAGACCUCUGAAUCAACUCUGAGUGAUGACAAAGGUAAACAGAAAGUCUCGGGGACCAAACUCGAUCACGACUUGGACUUACAAGCGCUGGAAAAGAAAAGAAAAGAAAAGAAAUCCUUUUCUGAAGCCAAAUCAAAGUCAGUUCCUGAAACAAAAAGCCAACAUCCCCCUGCCGAUUUUCCUUCUAUGGACACAAAGAGCCAAGGCAGCAGAGAUGGAACAAGCGGUAUAUGGGAACUGCUCAGGAAGGCCAAACUUGAACCUUCGCUUAGCAAAAGUCCCAAUGCUUCAGAGAAAAAAGAGGAACUCACCCCUGUGUCAAUGGAUAAAGAGGGCAAAAAGGAGGGGGCAAAAAUGAGUAGCCAGGUAGAGCCAUCCAGUGUCAGCCAACUUGAUUAUUCCUCUGAGAAGGUAAAACUAAAAGGAAAGAAACAACAAAUCUCUCCAGGAACCACUGCAAGCAAAGAAGAAAAAACUGAGGAGAAGGAUAUGGUGGCCCUUGCCCAGACAGUCAAGUCUCAUGAACUUGUUAAAACACAACCUAGGAUAACUAAAGAGACUUUAGGAAUUGCAGAUGACAAAAGUGAACAGAGUAACCUGGAAGCAUUUCAGGAAGCCAUAGUGUCAUUCCUAAAAGAGAAAAUCGAUGCCACAGGAAAGCCUUUGGAUAAAAAGACAGUGCCAAAAGAAGAGUUAUUAAAGAGAGCAGAAGUUGAAAAAUUAGGAAUCAUAAAGUCAAAAAUGGAGGAAUAUUUCCAAAAAGUGGCUGAAAAUGUGGCAAGAAUCUUGAGAAAGUACAAAGAUAUAAAAAAUGCAGUUGGAGAGAAACCUAUGAAACAAAAAAAGGUAGUCUCAUUUAUGCCGGGACCACAUGUUCAGAAGUCGCUGAGCGCAAAGUCGGAAAUUAACACCUUACUUUCACAUGAGAGCCUUGACCCACUAACUGAUAAUUUAAUACAAAUGAUCUUGACUGAAAUCGAAAGUGAAGGAGAUAUCCCAGCAGCCUCAACAGUAGGGCGAGAUCAUAAGGAGAAGGAAAAGCAAAGGAGGGAGGAGUAUUUGCAAGAGGGUCGACAAAAGAAUUUUGGUACCAUUUCGAAACACCAGUUGCAAGAAGAGAAGAGCUAUGAGAUGAUAAAUAAGAAUUUGGAGAAGGAAGGCACAUGGCUCCUGAUGAAGGAGGAAAAGCAAGAGCAACAGAAGCAGAAACAGUGGCAGGAAGAAGAGGUGUGGAAAGAACAGCAAAAACAGAGGAUGUCAAAGCAGAUUGAACCGGGUAAGAAGAAAAAGCAAAGGGAAGAGGAGAACGAAAGGCGUCUGGAGGCAGAGGAGCAGCAGCUGGAAGCAUGGAAGCAAAAAAUGAAAGUACAAGAAGUACCUCUGGAGAAGGAGAAAGGACAGCAGAUGAUACAGGUUCAGAAGAAAGUGAGGUAUCUGGAGCAAGAGAGCAGUUGGAAGGAAGCGGAGGAGAAGCAGAAGCCAAGGAAAAAGGCAGAGGACCAAAAAAGGCAGACGCAGAAAACAGCAAAGGAGAUGAAGACGUUACAAGAACUAGUCCAGGCGCUCAGUCAAACGUCGGUGACAUGGUCUCCCAGGUGGAAGAGCACACCGAAAGCCACAGCCCAGCUACACCAAAGAAAAGAGUUCGAUGGGAAUCUGAAGAAAUUAGGGGCUCUUCCCGAUGGAAAGUACCCCGUACCAAUUGUUCCUCCCAUCUCCACGCGACCUUCCUCACCUGGGGGCUUUUCUAUUUCUGGACAGCCUCCCACAAAGUUAAUCACUCUCACCCCUCAGCAGGCCCCUCUUUUUACCCCUGAAGAGGCCCAGGCACUGGGAAUCACUCCCACUUCUUAUCAGGUUCAGGCAUUGGGGGAAACUCCUACUCCUAAAAUGUCUCAGGGUUUAGGAGCAGCCCAUACUCCUGAGCAGGCCUGGGCACUGGGGUUCCCUGUUACCCCUGAGCAGGCCCAGGCCCAAGGCAUCACCCUCACCCCUCAGCAAGUCCAGGCACUGGGGACCCCCAUCACCCCUGAGCAGGCCCGGGCACCAAGGAUCCCCGUCACCGUUGAGCAGGCCCAGGCACUGGGGCUCCAUGCCACCCCUGAGCAGGCCCAGGCACUGGGGAUCCCCGUCACCAUUGAGCAGGCCCAGGCACUGGGGCUCCAUGCCACCCCUGAGCAGGCCCAGGCACUGGGGAUCCCCGUCACCAUUGAGCAGGCCCAGGCACUGGGGAUCCCCGUCACCAUUGAGCAGGCCCAGGCACUGGGGCUCCAUGCCACCCCUGAGCAGGCCCAGGCACUGGGGAUCCCCGUCACCAUUGAGCAGGCCCAGGCACUGGGGAUCCCCGUCACCAUUGAGCAGGCCCAGGCACUGGGGCUCCAUGCCACCCCUGAGCAGGCCCAGGCACUGGGGAUCCCUAUCACUCCUGAGCAGGCCGGGGCACUGAGGAUCCCCAUCACUGCUCAGCAGGCCCAGGCGCUAGGGAUCCAUGUCACCCUUCAGCAGGCCCAGGAUUUGGGGGCUCCUUUCCCUUUAGGACAGGCUCAAGCGUUGGGUGUUUCUCUCUCCCCAGAACAGUUUGGGGAAUUAGGGGUCCAUCUCACCUCAGAUAAAGCCUAUGCCUCAAAAUCUGCCCAUACCCCAGAACAAAUCCAACCUUUAGGAACCCCCUUUACCCUAGGGCAGGCCCAGUCCAUGGGUGUUACUCUUCUGUCUGAGCAGGACCUGAUAUCAAGAGCUCCUCUCAGUGAUGAGCAGCCCUCAAAGCCCUGGGCUGGUUCUCCUUCAGGACACACCCUGGAAGCUGGGAUCUUUACCACUACUGAUAAAUCUGUCAUCGCACAUGCUCCUCGCAUUCCUAGGAAGUCCCCAGCACCAUCUGCUCCUGUUGCUGAGAAGUCCCUGAGGUUUGAGGUCCCUUCUACUACUUUGCGGACAUCUCCAUUUCCUUUUACACCAUCUCCUUUUGUCCCUGAGAAAUCCCCAGGAAUGAGGAUUCCUUCAGACCCGAGGAAGCUCCUGGCACCACAAAUUUUUCCUUCCCCUAGACAGAUCCCAGUUUCUAAGGGUCAGUCCACCUCUGUUAAGUUCCCGACACCAGCCCCUAGCCCAAUAUCUCAGCUGCCUCCCAUCCCAGGACAGCCUCUUGCACUGGAAGCCCUCCUCGUUUCUAGGCAAGGCUUCGUAUCUGAGGACUCUCUGACUCCCCAGUCACCUCUGAUGUCGAAGCCCCUUCUUGAUUCUAGACAACCCCUUAGCUCUAGAGUCCCAGCCACCUCUGCACAGAUUCCCAGUAUCGUGGCUCCUCUCUCUCUUAGGAAGCCUUUGGUUCCUUGGGCCUCUUCCAUCCCUGGGGAGCUCUUGGAAUCUAGACCCUUAACCCUCUCUGAGCAGCUUCAGGCAUCCCAGACCCCUGCCACCCAUGGCCAAUCUCCCUAUUUACAAGCCUCUAAUAUCCUUCGGCAGCAUCUGCCACCACGGACUCUUCCUGGGCAAGCUUCCCCACUCUGGAUCUCUCCCAUACCUGGGCCUCCCCCAACACUACUGGCUCCCUCAAUCUCUGGAAGGCCCAGGAGGAUUUGCUCUCCUGUAUCUAAGACAAGUAAGGAAAGAUUGUCAACUAUUUUUCCUCUGAAAUCUAAAUCUGCAUUGGUCCAUCCCAGGGUGCCAAGUUUCAAGGUAUCUCAAGCCCCUUUUGCCACUAAGAAGUCCCAAAUAUCAGAGGUCUCUGACACUUCUGAAGAAACCCAGAGACCCCGAGAUCCUUUUGCCGUGGAACAGUCUAGAACACAUCUCACUGAUUAUAGGACACCAGUAUCACAAACCCCUUACAUUGACGAGGAGGUCCUCCCAACUCCCAUUAAGCCUGUAACAUCGCUACCUUCUCCUACGACUCAACUACCCAAAACAUCGCAGAGCUCGCCUUCUGAAUGGGACCAGACAUCCCGAUUUCCCCCUAUUGAUAAGCCCUGGAUACUGACUUCAGUUUCAGGUACCAAGAAACCCAAGAUGGUUGUAUCUACUUCCUACACCCAAGAGCUCAAAGAGGAGAAGUAUUUUGUUGAUGUGGAAGCUCAGCGGAAGAAUCUGAUACUCUUAAAUCAGGCCACAGAAGCUUCUAAACUCCCUUCGCAGCUAUACACAUCAGCUAAGAAGCUCAUAAUUGAGACACUUCAUACGGACACAGUUCGGCUGGGAUACCUAUUCCGAAAAUACAUUGCCUAUAGGCUGAUCCAGCGUGCAAGAAACAACAUAGUCAAACGAUUACAAGCCAUCCAGAAUACUGGGAGAGGCUAUGAGACUCAGAACCUCUACAUAAUGCUGAACAGAAUUGAUGACUACCAGAAAAAAGUGAUGCGGAUCUGGUCGGAGAAGCAGAAAUCUCUACAGCAGAAACGGAAUCAGUGUCUGAGGAAAACAAUGUACUUAUUUAGCCAGCUCCAAGAGAUAUAUAAACUGAAUCUCAAUCAACCUAUCCCUUUGAUCAUGGACAAGAAGCAAGUACAUGUCUCUACCAAACUGGUUCAACAGCCAUUCCUAAAGCUACUAAGAGAAGAGGACAGAAAGUAUUACAUAUUCAAUAAAUUUGGACAAGAAGACCAAAUGGAAGCCAUCUGGAAUGCAGAUCUAUCCACUUCAAGCUACCCAAUCACAGAGAAGCCAUCAAUGUAUUCACUCUGGGCCCAGCUGGGUGGGUACCCAGAUAUUCCUAUGCUGCUCCAGUUAGAUGUUCAUUCUGUCUUCAGAAGAUCUCUUACAUGCAUCCAAUCAAAGUAAGUUAAAGCCUGGGAGCACUCUAGUACCCCGGCCUUUGGUACAUACCUUUCGUUUCCCUAACUUGACUUUCUCUUACGGCAUCAGGGAGGUACCAAAAGUAGGUUCUUGGUGUGAGGUCAGACUCACACCAGUCAUAAAACAGUACAGGUAAGGAGUUCCCUCCAUGGCUCAGCAGUUAAUGAACCCAACUAGGAUCCAUGAGGACUCAGGUUUGAUCCCUGGCCUCACUCACUAGGUCAAA